AUGAAUGACAACCGAUGGACAAGAGCCGUUAGUGACUGGAUUCCUCGCGAUGUCAAGCGUACUGCAGGAACACCACCGACCCGAUGGUCAGAGUUUUUCACGAAGAGCCUAGAAGAAAAAUAUGAUGCUCGACGAGUCCCUAUUACGAGCGGAACCCACUGGACUACUCGUACACGCGACAAGGAAAAACGAAAGAUUUACUGGCGCGCGCUCGAGUCACUCGACGAUCAGCUGGACUACAGGUGGCAAGUGAUACCUUGA